GUGAAUGUUCACGUUGUUUUCGAAUAGAUCCACGACAAGUCCUUGCUUUUGGCCUACUAGGAAUUUCAGGGUUUCAGAGAUCUACAAGGGGUGAAUCAAAACUCAACUCAAGAUGGCUACAGCGGAGGAGAAAAUGGAACUGAUUACUAGAAAUUUACAGGAGGUGCUUGGCAGGGAUAAAUUGGAGACGAUGUUAAAAGAGGGGAAGGACAUAGCUGUCUACUGGGGAACUGCUACGACCGGCAAGCCUCACAUUGCUUACUUUGUCCCCAUGAGCAAGCUAGCGGAUCUACUAAGAGCAGGAUGUCAGGUGACGAUCCUCCUUGCUGAUCUCCAUGGUUACCUUGACAACAUGAAGGCACCAUGGGAUCUGCUUGAACUAAGGACCAAAUACUAUGAGCACAUCAUCAAGGCCAUGCUGGAAUCCAUUGAGGUCCCUAUCGAGAAGCUUAGGUUUGUGAGGGGAACGGAUUACCAGCUUAGCAAGGAGUACACCCUUGACGUGUACAGACUAUCAUCGGUGGUCACUGAGCACGACGCCAAGAAGGCUGGAGCCGAGGUGGUCAAGCAGGUGGAUCACCCCCUUCUCAGCGGUCUGCUCUACCCUGGUCUUCAGGCGCUAGAUGAGGAGUACCUCAAGUGUGAUGCUCAGUUUGGAGGCGUCGAUCAGAGGAAGAUCUUUACCUUUGCUGAGAAGUACAUGCCUCAACUUGGCUAUGCCAAGAGAAUACAUCUCAUGAAUCCAAUGGUGCCUGGUUUAACAGGAACAAAGAUGAGCUCAUCAGAGGAGGAUUCAAAGAUUGAUCUUCUGGACGAUGCUGCGGCUGUGAAGAGGAAAAUCAAAAAGGCAUUCUGUGAACCAGGGAACAUAGAAAACAAUGGAGUAUUAUCAUUCGUCAAGUAUGUGCUUCUACCAAACUUAAAAACAGACUUUGUGAUUGAGAGGAAGGAAGAGUUUGGAGGAAAUAUUAGCUUUUCAUCCUAUGAUGCUCUGCAAGAGGCUUUUGCCAAAGGGGACGUACAUCCUGGUGACCUGAAGACUGCAGUGACAAGGGAACUCAAUAAGAUCCUGGAUCCAAUCAGACAGAAAUUCUCUAGUCCAGAACUCAAGAAACUAACCUCAAAGGCCUAUCCUCCACCUCCAAAGAAAAAGGGAGGAGCAGCUCAAGCUGGAGGAGCAGCAGCAGCAGCGACUGAAGAGAUCAUUCCAUCUAGAUUAGAUCUUAGAGUUGGCAAAAUCAUCUCAGCGGAAAAGCAUCCUGAUGCAGACUCGCUCUACUUGGAGAAGAUUGAUGUUGGCGAAGAACAACCUCGGACGGUCAUCAGCGGUCUAGCGGGUGUGAUCCCUCUUGAAGACCUUGUUGACCGCAUGGUGGUCAUGUUAUGUAAUCUAAAACCACAGAAGAUGAGGGGGAUUGAGUCACAGGCGAUGCUCAUGUGUGCUUGCAUAGAGAAUGAGGAUCCAAGACGGAUUGAGCCUCUUUGCCCUCCAGAGGGCAGUGCACCGGGUGAUCGUGUUUUCUUUGAAGGCUACGAGAAUAAGUCUCCAGAUGAAGAACUCAAACCCAAGAAGAAGGUCUUUGAAAAGCUUCAGGUUGACUUGAAGACAUCAGACGACGGAACAGCUCAGUGGCAAGAUAAACCUUUUCAGACCAAGCUUGGCUUCAUCAGAGCACCAACACUCAAGAAUGCUUCAAUACGCUGAUUACAUCUGAUCUACAUUCUCAUAUUUCACCAUUAUUUUGCUAAGUGUUGCAGAUACAUUGCACAUAUGAGUCUGCAUAAGUCACCCUUUUCAAUUUGAAUAUUCAUCUGAAGUUGAAGCUAUUUUUCAGACCAAAUUGUUCAAAGUACAUUAUUUAUAAUCUCUGUAAGUCUGAUACUUAUGGUCACAGGAAAAUGGCUUUAAUGGCCAAACCUAUCUUAUCUCUGUUAAUAUGAUCAUGGAAAAUAAAGAAACAAGAAAAAUAUAUACAGCUCCUUAUUGCACUUUCUGCAAUUGCAUUGGUAGAGAAAAAGGACUACAUUUUAUUGCGAUUAUGCCAGAAAAUAUGUAGAAUAAUCCCAUCGAAGACGAAGAUGAGUAGAACUUUGUCAGUAGUCACAUG